ACUGUCUGUCAAGGUUGGUCAAGUGCCGGCACUGCCUUUUUCUCGGCUGGUUGUCUUACUUUUGAUCUGAAGGUGAAUUUCUUCUUCUGUGGUGUCUGUAGACGGAUAGAUAGUAACAGUUUCGGACAUCAUGGCCAGUGUCUUUGGUAAUGUUCCACUUGCUACUCCCGUUGCUGUCUUCAAACUAGUUGCAGAUUUCCAGAAAGAUGAGGAUCCACGCAAAGUAAACCUCAGUGCCGGAGCAUAUCGUACAGAUGAGAGUCAACCCUGGGUUCUACCAGUGGUGAAGAAGGUAAAACAGAAGAUAGCCAAUGAUAGCAGCCUGAACCAUGAAUAUCUGACAAUCCUAGGUCUUCCAGCUUUCAGGUCUAGUGCCUCAAAACUUGUCCUUGGAGAUGACAGUCCUGCUAUUAAAGAAAAUAGGGUGGGGGCUGCUCAAAGUCUUGGUGGUACAGGAGCCUUGAGAAUUGGAGCUGACUUUUUGAGGCGGUGGUACAAUGGAAACAACAACACUGCAACACCUGUCUACAUCUCUAAACCUUCGUGGGAGAACCACAAUGGUGUUUUCACUGAUGCUGGCUUUAAAGAUCUCCGAACUUACCGUUAUUGGAAUGCAGAAAAGCGGAGUCUUGAUCUGGAGGGAUUUCUCGAUGACUUGGAGAAUGCUCCAGAAUUUUCCAUUGUUGUCCUUCAUGCUUGUGCCCACAAUCCAACUGGAACUGAUCCAACACCUAGUCAGUGGCCACGGAUUGCAGAGGUUAUGAAGCGGCGAUACCUAUUUCCAUUUUUUGACUCUGCUUAUCAAGGCUUUGCCUCCGGUGACCUGGAUAGAGAUGCACAGGCUGUCCGCUACUUUGUUUCACAAGGAUUUGAACUCUUCUGCGCUCAGUCCUUUUCCAAGAAUUUUGGACUGUACAGAAGGAUAAUGUGAAAACAAUGGCUGACCGAGUACUAGAGAUGCGAGCUCAACUAAAAGAAAAGCUGCUAGCCAGAGGCACUCCAGGCACUUGGAAUCACAUCACUGAUCAGAUUGGCAUGUUUAGUUACACCGGAUUAAACCCCAAUCAAGUGGAGUAUUUACUAAAACAGAAGCACAUCUACCUGAUGAGCAGUGGUCGAAUCAACAUGUGCGGAUUGACUACCAAGAAUCUGAAUUAUGUCGCAGAUUCAAUCCAUGAAGCUGUCACUAAGAUAGCAUGAGCAACGUAUUCCCAUCUAAUGAAUGAAAGCAACCUUUUAUUUAGUUAUGCAUUCUGCUUACAUGUCUCUUUGCAGUUAACAACACUUAGGACUGACAAGCAUGAUCUGUUAAAACUAGUUAAAAUAUAACAAAUUAUACUGUACUAUACAUGAGUAGGGCCUGCUUUGGAGUACUAUCUCAGGCAGAUUUUUGAUUAUUCAUAAUGGCAGCCCGCUUGCAUUUAGGUUUCUUGGUGAUGGUUAAUGUAGAAGCUUAAGGCCAAAUAAUCUUACAUAAAAUAUCAGUAGUAGGUGGGGCAUUCAUUAUCCACAUUUACUGUAAUUAGUUAUGUUUCAGUAAUUCACUUAUUGUGUCUCAUUUUUACUUCAAAUGGUGCUUAUUCCCGUAUUCUCACCAUAAAUAGUGAGUUUUUAGCUCCUUGUCUUUAAAUAGCUUUUGCAGUAUGGAAACAUGAGAGAAGUGAUAAAAGUCCUAGAGUCAGGUCAAAAUUGGUGGUUUCCUAUGGUAUAUUAACUGAACAUGUUGUCGUAUAGUACCCCGUUACAUAGCACUAAAUUAAUAUGCAGUAUAGUACUUGUUCUAAGGCGAUGUGCUGAAAUACAGCCACGAAAAGUAAAUUAUAAUUUUAAACCAGAAUUUUUAAUUAUUCCUGUAAUUUAAUAUUGAUCCAACUGUUUGAUCAAAUCUUAGUCCUUAUGAGCCAACAUUGUGAACUUUGUAAAAGAUGGUUUUGUCCCUUUUACUGCUUUUUCCAUGCACUUUCAAUUUCUGGGUUUAAAAACAAUUUAAUUAUGGUAUUUGUUUAUGCUCAUUCAAGACUGUUUUCCGUUUUAAACUACAGUAUUUAGCGGCUAUUUUGACAAAGGAUUGUAAUACAUCAGCAUUGCUGUUCAGUAUAUAUUUUUUUUAUUACAGAUACAGACACAUUGUAUUUAUUUUAGAAGAAUGACUGUUAAGAAUGUCAACAGUUUUUAAUUCUAAUAUGGAAAAUGUACACCUGAGGCUAAGAGAAUCGGGAAAGAGUUGAGCAGAAUCAUUCAUUAUUUCUCUGUUAAUUUUAUCCUUUCUUUUAGCUUAGCAGGUCAUUAUGAGCUAUACUGUCAGGUAUCCUAAAUGGUUAUUUAUAUCUCAACUGACUUCUUGAUGUUGGCAUGGUUUCAUAUUAUAAAUCAUUCUCUGUUUAAAAAAAAAUAAAUGGGCAAUAUUCUGCCCUACUGUGUAUUAAAAA